AUGCGCAUACUAUUCCAAAACGAGCCGGUGUACGGGAACUACGAGGAUUCGGGUGUCGCCACCAGUGCCGACGCGCACUCGCUCGUGUUCGAUGAACCGAUCACACCGCCACCGGUCGGUGGCAAUGCACCCGGCGGUACCGUCCACUCGAAGGUAAAAGGCACGCAGGAACGCGGCACACCGCUCGGUGAGCUGGAGGCACUGGCGAAGGCACUCGCGCAAGCACAAGGAGCAAAGCUGGUUAAGCUGGCACCCGGUGGUACCGAACCCAAACCGAAGCGAACGCGAAGACGCACCAACAAACCGAACGGAGGUGAUACAGCGGUGCGGGAAAACAAACCACCAAACGGAGUGGAUGGCGACGAAGAAGAGGACGACGAAGAAGAGGAGGAAGAGGAGGACGAAGAAGAGGAAGAGGAAGAGGAAGAAGAGGAAGUGGAUCCGGAGCAUGGGGAGGGCGGGGAGGAUGGGUUGGGUGGGGAUGGGCAUUCGCCGACAUUGCCCCAUCUGAUGCACCACCGGCAUCACCAUCAUCUGCCGCACCAGCAGCGUGCGUCCAGCCGCAUGUCCAACACCAGCACCAGCACGAUCAAGCAGCACUAUUAUCCGGAGGGUGGCUGGGGCUGGAUCAUCGUGCUGGUCGGCGUACUGAUCCACAUCCUGACGCACGGUCUCCAAACGGCGGUUGGGGUGCUAAUUCUCGCGGCCGGACGCGCCUACCGCAUCGAGUCAAUCAUCUUCACAGGAUGGUUGGGCGCACUGUCGACAGCGGUAGCACUCUUCAUAUCACCCAUCACUAUCGCGGUAUGCAAACGCAAGUCAACGCGACUCACCGCCGUCAUCGGUGGACUGGUGACCGCGCUAGGCUGCCUCUUCACAUCCUUCGCAUCACAGUUUCACCAGCUGUUCUUCAGCUACGGUGCCGUCGUGGGUGUCGGUGUUGGGAUGACGCGCGACUGCUCCACCCUGAUGGUGGCCCAGUACUUCAAGAAGCGGCGCGAAUUCGUCGAGAUAUUUAUCGUGUCUGGCAGUGGGCUCGGUAUUGCCGUCAUGUCGAGCUUCAUCAAGUCGGCGAUCGAUGCGAUCGGGUGGCGGCUGGGACUGCAGGCCGUCACCGGUACCGUGUUCAUCACCUUCAUCCUCGGCACCUGCUACCGUUCCGCGUCGCUCUACCAUCCGCAGCGGCGCGCGAUCUUACACCUGAAGAACCAGAAGCGUAAGAUCAAGGACAAGAACAAGCACGACGAUCGGCCACCGUUCUUUGACUUUAGCACGCUGCGCAGCAAAACCGUACGCAUACUACUCGCAUCGACCGGCAUUGGUGCGUUCGGUAUCAACACACCCAUCUUCUACUUGGCACACGAAGUGCAGAAGGAUGGCAUCGGCGAUAAAGUGAUGAUCUUGCAGAUCUACCUCGGACUGGCCUGGACACUCGGGUGUACCGCGUUCGGGUUGCUGGUCGUCCGGAACAGCGUCGAAUGUCGCAUCGCACGCCAAUACCUCUGCCAAACCGCCAUCUUCAUGUGUGGCGUGUGCAUUCUCGCACUUACCGCUGUGCACGGUAACUACCACGGGUACGUGAUGUUCGUCUGGAUAUACGGUAUCUUUUGCGGCGGCUAUCACUACUCACUCAAGAUGUACACCUACGAGAAGGUGCGGGCACGCAACUUUGCCCGCGCCUGGGGUUUCGUCCAGUUUGCCCAGGCAAUACCGAUCGCACUCGGCGUACCCAUCUCCGGCUACAUGAACGACAGCGGAUCCGGCACCGCCGGGUACUACUUCAGCUCAGGCUGUGCCAUCGUCGGGAGUGUGCUGAUGUUUCUGAUCGAUUUGCACCGGCGUUCUGUGUCGCGCCACAAACACACAAGGGCGAACGGUACACGCCACUUGUGCGUCUCGGAAACCUGUCCCCAGCGCCGCAAACUCUCCUUCUCGCAAGAGCCAGACAACGAACCGGGCAUUAUCACCGGCAACACGGCGAUGAUGAUCGGUCCAGAGCUGCUCAUACCGCCACUCAGCGACGGUAUCGUAGAGCCGAUCAACGGACUAGACAAGCCAGAGCUCACCUGCAUCUCCGAGGAGGGAAUCGCCGACAUGGAUCUGCCAGAUAACUUGCUGGAUGAUCUGGACUACGUCGGUGAUUGCAUUACCUCGUGCAACAAGGUGGAAAACUAUCUCAUGCUGAGCGAGUUCGAGAACAACCUCAGUGCCGAAGUUCCUAUCCUGCUGGACAAGCGGGGCCGCCGGUUAUCCCUCUCCAAGACGAAGGCACUGCUCGGGGCGGGUGCCGGUGGUGCAUUGUUGGCAACCGGUACCCAGCACCAUCCCGAGUGUCCCAUCGAACACUCGCUCGGUCAGGCCGCCCUAGCGGCUGCCCAUCCCGGUGACGCGAACGGUCUCGCCCUGCUGCAUCAUCCCCACCAGCCACACCACAAUCAGCAUCAUCAUCCCCAUCACCACCAUCACCACCAUCAUCCCCAUCAUCUGCAUACCCAGCAGCCGCAACCGGUGAAUGGUGAUCUCGGGAAGAAUGUGUCACCGCUGGUCACGAAAUCGGACUCCGCUCCACAGAACACGAUCGGUGGUGGAGGCACCGGCGGAGGAAGGGGCGGUGGCGAAGGUGGCAAGCAGCCGGCCGGUAAUGGGAGUGGAAGCAGCAGCAGUAGUAGUGGUGGUGGUAGUAGUACCGUCACCACCACCAACACUCUCCAGCCUCAGCAGCACUGCAGACUGAACAGCAAAUGGCGCCCGAGCCAACAGGUCGGGUUUCUCAACAACCGCGUUAUAUCUGUGAUCGAUGAAGCCUCAGUUUAGGAAGUGUGUGUGUGUGUAUGUUUGGGUGACAAGCGGGACACCAUAAUAGGGAUAUAGAGCUAUAGAGAAAGGGUGCGUUACGGCUGGCAGAAAACGCGCAGUAACAGUCACAGUACGGUAAAAUAAUAGAUGAUCGCCGGCCAGGAGUACUCCCAAAAUUUUCACUAUUGUACAUAGUACUUAUUGGUAGUUUAUCGAUGUAUACCUGCUAGCAUGCUGCACGUUUGUACGUUACGUUACGUUACGUUAAUGCGUUAUUUACUUCAGUUACUUAGCCUUAGCGAAAGUUGUUUACAUGGCACCGUUCACUUCUGUAGAGAACAAUUGACUGAUUGAUUUUGAGUGUUUUUUUGUUUUUGUUUUUGUGUUUUAGUCCUAUUAUUUUACGUUUGUUGUAGGUCUCCAUGAGUUUGUUUUACUUUCCGCCCAUAAAAAGGUUCUGUUACAUUUUCGUUCCCUCACACUAUCUCUCAUACACGUACUCUCUCUUUCUCUCUCACAUACUCCUCUCUGUCUCUCUCUCUCUCUUUCUAUCGAUCAAUAAGAUGAUCCUUUUUAGAAGCCAUAAUUGAAUUUCUGAGAUUUUCUCUUCGUAUUCUUACCAGCACUCUAACCUUCAUCUAGCCCUUCUACCCCUCCUACUCCCGCUCCCGAUCACCCUUCCCACUGAUCUACCAAAUUCCAAAAUAAAUUUGUCACAUUUCUUCACAAAAUUAACCAAAAGAUGCUAGCAAUCUAAUACGAACACAAACGUAGCAAGGGCGAUUGAGCAAGUAUAGAAUUGUGCACAAAAUAAAAUAAUUAUACUACUAAUAACCGAAACGCUGCCAAUCCAUCCCUCCCCACUCGAAUGAUCGUGUGUAAGAUAAAUGAUAUACACAACACUAUUACGUAGAAGCGUUUACAUAUUAUAAUAGAGUAUACAUACUACUGUACACAGCCACACUAAACUAUAUUGAGAACCCUGCCUCUCCCUUUUCCUUCCCAUCCCUCCACCCCAAUCCCCACCCUCCCCCACCCACACACACACACUCAACCCAGAGCGAGGUGAAUGGAGGAGGUUGGGGGGAGAUGGGUGGGGAAGAGGGGGCGGUUGAUGGGGUGAACCGGAACAGCAGCACUCGUACAGAGGGUGCUGUAACCCCGCAGCCAAAACGCAA